UGGUUUCGUUGCUUGAAAGACACUGAUGGAUGAUUCUGGAUGUUCAAGAUUUAUGGAAUUUGCCAGAGGUUUGAAAAUUACAGAGGAGGAAAGCUGCGCUGUUUUCUUUUGUCUCUCACCAUUGCUUACGGCGGAUCUUCUGCUCUCCUGGAGAUGGUCUUAGUCUCAUCCAUGAUGCUGAUUUCUCAGGAUUAUUCCAAUUAUUCCAUGUAACUGACUUGGAUAUAGAGCAGCCAUGCUGAUGCGCGUGCAGAGAUAUUUAAUAGUGGGCUUUUUGGCUUCACAUGUCUUGGAGACAGUGUUGGGGCAGAUCGCGUAUAAUGUAUUGGAGGAGGUGAAAGUGGGCACUACAGUUGGCAAUAUAACCAAAGACAUCAACCUCUCGCUGAAAGAGUUGACCUCAAGAGAAUUCCGUAUCGUGUCCAGUUCAAAAAAGGAGUACUUCAGAGUGAAUCCAGAGACAGGAGCGCUGCAGGUCAGUGAGAGGAUUGACCGAGAGGAGCUGUGCGCGUCCGCACCCUCGUGUUCCGUUAAUUUAGAAGCUUUGGUCAAUCGACCACUGCAGCUUUACCGGGUAAGAAUAAACAUUCUUGACGUUAACGAUAAUUCCCCUGCGUUUCCGGUAAGUUCAGCCUAUCUGAACAUCACAGAAAUCACAGCGGCGGGGGCGCGCUUUCCUUUGCAGAGCGCACAUGACGCAGACAUUGGGGUCAACUCUUUGAAAACAUACAAGCUCGGUUCCAACGAAUACUUCACAUUAGAUAUUCAGACACACAGUGAUAAAACGAUCUCUGCUGAACUGGUGCUUAUUAAAGCUCUGGACAGAGAAAAAACUCCGUUUGUUGACCUUUUAGUUACUGCUAUUGAUGGCGGAUCGCCCGCUAGGACAGGGACUUUAAACAUUAAGGUAAAUGUUUUAGAUAUCAAUGACAACGCUCCUGUGUUUGGCAAGUCAUUGUACAAAGUAUCCAUAGCUGAACAUACUGCAGUUGGAACUACAGUCAUUAGACUGCAAGCCAAAGAUUCAGAUGAAGGCUUAAAUGGAGAAUUAGUUUACUCAUUUAUUAGCCACACGCCUCAGAAUAUUCUGGAGAGGUUUGAAAUCGACAGGCAAACCGGAGAUGUCAGAAUAAGAGGUGAUAUCGAUUAUGAAGAGAGCAAUGCCUAUGAAAUCCGUGUUCAAGCCACAGAUAAGGGUGGUGUGCCUAUGUCGGGACACACAAAGCUUUUAGUAGAGGUCUUAGAUAUUAAUGAUAACCCACCAAGCGUGACUGUCACGUCGCUCCUUAAUCCAGUUGAGGAGAGCGCGGGGAAAGGCACGGUUGUGGCUUUAAUGACCGUGAGUGACCCGGACUCCGGUAAAAACGGAGCAGUCAGGUGUCGUCUUGCCGGUUCGAGUCCGUUUAAACUGCAGUCGUCCUUCCAGAAUUACUACUCUCUGAUUUUAGAUGACGUACUCGACCGAGAAAAGGUUACAGAGUAUAGCAUCACGGUUAUAGCGGAAGAUGAAGGAACCCCGCAAAUGUCCAGUGCAAACGUAAUAAACGUACUAGUAGCGGAUGUAAAUGACAACGCGCCUCGCUUUUCAGAUAAGACAGAAUAUGCUUACCUGAGAGAAAACAGUAAAGCUGGGUCAGUUCUAUGCGCACUUAAAGCCUCUGAUGCGGAUAUCGGUGAAAAUGCGCUCAUAACCUACUCUAUACCGCAAACCACCAUUAACGGUACACCAGCUUCCUCACUGUUCAAAAUCGACGCGUUAACAGGAGAAAUACAAAGCAUGCAGUCUUUCAAUUACGAGGAAACGAAAACGUUUCAGUUUAAAGUUCAGGCCACAGACUCUGGAGCUCCUCCACUGAGCAGUAACGUGAGUGUGAACGUUUUUAUCCUGGAUGAAAAUGACAACAGUCCCGGGAUUCUCGCGCCCUAUUCUGAGCACGGCUCCGUUAACACCGAGAACAUUCCCUAUUUUGCUGAAGCGGGCUACUUUGUGGCCAAGAUCAGGGCUGUAGACGCGGAUUCCGGUUAUAACGCGCUGCUUUCUUAUCACAUCUCUGAACCCAAAGGAAACAACCUGUUCCGGAUCGGAAGCAGCAGCGGGGAGAUCAGGACUAAGAGGAGAAUGAGUGACAAUGACCUGAAAACCCACCCGCUGGUCAUUGUGGUCUCUGAUAGCGGAGAGCCCCCACUGUCAGCCACUGUGUCUAUUGAUGUCGUGGUGGUCGAAAGCACAGGUGACAUCCAGACUCAGUUCAAACACGCUCCGAUAAAGGAGGAGAGCUUCUCGGAUCUAAACCUGUAUCUGCUGAUCGCCAUUGUGUCAGUUUCAGUCAUCUUUUUACUGAGCCUCAUCAGUUUAAUAGCAGUAAAAUGCUGCAGGACAGACGGCAGUUUCAGCAGGUACAGCGCCCCGGUGAUCACCACACACCCUGAUGGGAGCUGGUCUUACUCCAAAUCCACUCAGCAGUACGACGUGUGUUUUAGCUCCGACACUCUGAAGAGUGACGUAGUGGUUUUCCCUGCGCCAUUUCCGCCUGCAGAUGCGGAACUGAUCAGUAUUAAUGGAGGAGACACUUUUACCAGAACACAAACUCUCCCUAAUAAAGAGAAGGUAAGAUAA